ACCGGAAACGGAAACACAAACUAACGCUAGGUUGUGGCUACUACCCACUACCGUCAUUUGUAGGCUUAGGCUUGAAAUAAUUCAAGUUGUAUUAAACCUUUUGCAAAUGCGGUGAUAUUAACGUAAUGUGUUAACUUAGCUCAAUUAGUAGUUAGCGUCAAAUAAUUAAAAUACUGAACAUAUAUGGUAACGUUUGCCAACACUCUCCGUUAGCUCCACGGUUGCUGCGUGUUUUGUUGACGCCUGGCUGCAGUGAAGGUAGGUGCAGAUUUGAGGGAUCAUGGCCGACCCUGCACGGAUAAAACCCGAAGGAACACCUGAGAGAAGUUCAAGUGACGAGCAUCCUGACAGUAAACCGGAGGAUACCGAGAGUGCAUCUACCACAGCAAAAUCUACACAUGAAAACAAAGAGUCAUCCUCUCAGGAUCAGCCCAAACAGGAGCUGAAGACUGAAAUGGCAGCUGGGGAAGACGAGGACGAAGGAACCUCUGGCCAGCCUUCUUCCAAAAGAUUAAAGGUGGAACCAGAGAAGAAAAAGGAGAAGCGCCACAAGGUUGAUGAGGAUGAAAUACAAAAGAUGCAAGUUUUGGUGUCGUCCUUUUCUGAAGAGCAACUGAAUCGCUACGAGAUGUACAGACGUUCGGCCUUCCCUAAGGCUGCUAUUAAGAGACUGAUCCAGUCCAUUACAGGGUCGUCAGUGUCCCAGAAUGUGGUGAUUGCCAUGUCUGGUAUUUCCAAGGUUUUUGCCGGUGAAAUUGUUGAGGAAGCCUUGGAUGUUUGUGAGAAGUGGGGAGACACGCCACCACUUCAGCCCAAACACAUGAGGGAAGCAGUGAGGAGGCUGAAGAGCCGAGAUCAGAUCCCCAACUCCAAGUACAAGAACAUUCUUUUCCACUGAGGAACCUGUAAUCGAAAGAUUGUAUGGGGGUACCCGCUGUAAAAUGUGGUGCCAUGGUUUGGCACGAAGCCUCCGUGGCCAGUCAAUAUUAGUCAAGAUUAGUAACUGUAUUGAAAAACAGAUGAUACAGUUCAAUACUCACCUGUCAUUUACCUUGACUGGUGAAGGAAUACAGUUCAUAUGGUGUGAAGUUCUAUUGAUGUAUUAUGCUUGUAAAUAAAGUUUUAUAAUUGA